GAGAGUCUCGUUCGUUACCCCAACGUCAACGUGUUGGUCAAGAAUGAGCAGGCGUUCGUGCAUCCGAGUGUUGACGUCUCCGUGGCCGUCGCAACUGACGCUGGGCUCAUCACCCCGAUAGUGUUCAACGCAUCAGGGAAAACUGUCCAUCAGAUCGGUAUUGAAGUGAAGGAUCUAGCUGCUCGAGCAAGGGAGAAUAAGCUGAAGCCAGAAGAAUUCCAGGGUGGUUCUUUCACGGUUUCAAAUCUGGGUGGUUUUGGAGUGUCAGAAUUUACUGCUAUCAUAAACCUGCCGCAGGCUGCUAUUUUGGCUGUGGGGUUCGAACCCUUGUACCACGAGGAAGUUUAUGAUACAGGUGCAGAUGGCAAGUUCCGGGAGCGUAUGAGGAGCAGUUUAUCGUACGACGCGCGUGUCAUCAGCGAAGUUGAUGCUGCGGAGUUCCUUGCUUACUUCCAGCUGUGUCUGGAGACCCCGCGUUUGUUGCUACGAGGCAGCGACGCUCGAAUCGAGAUGUACUCCAACUGA